AGGAGCAUUCCUAUACUUCCUUCCCGUUCUCCCAUUUUCAAGCUUUGCAGAAAAGGCGAUAUACCAGCAGUUCAACGAUUGUUUCGAGAAGGGAAGGCCUCGCCCUUCGAUAUUGACGAGGAUGGGUGUACUCUCUUACACGCGUUUACACCAGGCCGAAAAGGUAGCCAAAUGGUACGCUUCCUUGUGGAAAAUGGAGCAGAUGCAAACGCAGGGUCCAACAUUAAAGGACGUACACCGUUGCAAGAAUUCGCGUACUCUGGGUGGGUGUAUGCGCGCUUUCGACACACCAAAUACUUUGAAGCGAGCUACGACGGUUCCCCAAAUUGGUACUAUGAUAUCUGGCGCCUACAUGUCGGAAGGCGAAAACUUCGACCUCCUGGACAAAGACAGCUUGGGCAACAACCUUUUGGAAACGUAUUGCGGAUCGCCCAACUUCUUCUCGUGCCUCAUCUCACAGUUGACAGCCGCCGAGCUCCAAAUGGAAUACGUACGGCAACCACUGUGGGCUAACAUUCUCUCGACACAUGUUCCACUCUUUAGUCCGCGCCCCAAUAAUUGGGAGCUAGAUUACAUCCGAUUACUCGUUAACUCCCCGAAUACCCAACAUAUGGUACAUCAGCCUGCCAAAAGCGGAUAUACCCUUUUACAUAUCGUCUUACACAAGUCUGUUCGGUCUGUCCUGGUAUCCAAAGUUAAGAGUCGCUAUUGCACACAGGAAGCACUGCUACGGAGUGUCGUUCGAGCUAGGCCAGACCUACAUGCGACAACACCCUGCACUCCUCUAACGCCUCUUCAGCUCAUUCUAGCACACCGCAGUCAUUAUUUUGAGUCUGGAUAUUGGAGCAAUCCUGAAGAGGCCAAAUAUUGGGACAGACCUAGGCUUGAGAUCAGGCCCCCUUGGUUCAGGUUCGCGGGCCUAGGAUUAGAUUGGGAUCAUGAGCUUGAGGAUCGUGAUCUUUGAAAGGCUGCAAGAAAAUGGCUCCAGAUUUUGGAGGAGGAGGGCAUCGGCCUACGAGAGUAUUUCCACCGAGAGCAGGAACUAUGGCGCACAACGGGGUGGCCGCCAGACCUACUCAACCAGAAGAUCGCCGGGAUGGCGGUGUUACCGAACGGGGUAAUCCGUAUCGACUGGGUUCGAAAUGGGAAUAUUGAAGAGAGGAACCGUGAUACUGAUUACUUCCCCUUCGCCAGGGGCCUAUUUUCUUUUUUAGAAUACAAGCCCAUUCUUCGCCAAUUCUGGGAAUUGUCAGAGGGGUCCCUGGAAGAUGAUAACCACGCCGACAGGGGAGAAGAG